AUGUCCAAAGUUAUUGAUAUUGCAACUAUUCCGGAUAAAAACGACAUCUCUACAAAUAACAAAUCGGUAACGCUUCCACUAUUUUUUAUUUUACUUUGUACAAUAUGUAUGUCUGCACUGUAUUCGAAUAUUCUCACCUAUCAUAUUACUAUUACACAGUUACACAGCUUUGGGAAUGGUUCCGUUACAGACUAUUAUGAUGAUUUCGGUUUUCGUGAGAUUAAUGACACUCGAGUGAAUGUGACCAUUCAUAAGCAUAAAUUCCUAUCAAAUCCACAAAAAGAAGCUAUGGUAGCCGUUUGUCCAUUGGGUGGCCUAAUUUCAUGGUUUCCUAUCGCCUACGCAUAUAAUCAAAUGGGAUUCAGGAGAUGUUUUGUGCUUUGUGCAAUUCUUGGAAUUGUUCCAUCUGUGUUCAUUCCUAUGUGCACCUCUGCUCGCACAUUUCUUCUCGCAUGUAUCGUUCGAAUUCUUCAAGGAUUCUCCUUGUCCGCCUUUCUGCCGUAUCUUUGUAAAAUGGCUCUGUUUAUACCUAUGAAUAAUAUUGCAACACCAACAAUAGUUUUUGCUUACAUACAGGUUGCAGCGUUUUUCGCAUUUCCAAUAUUUUCACUUCUUGCAUGGAGUGAAUUUGGAUGGCAUUCCGUGCAUUAUCUUGCAUGCAUAUCCACAGCUAUCUUUUUUGGGAUUUUUAUGCUAAUCAAUUACGAUGAUGAAUUCAAGGAGAAAGCAUCGAGAGAGGGAAUGUUCAAUGCUCUUUUCACUUAUGAAAGAUGUCGUUCACUGGUGGUUCAUUUAAGGCUACCGUAUCUUUCAAUUUAUCAGGAUAUUCGUGUAUGGUCAAUUUUCGCGGCUGCUUUCGGCUAUUUCACGGCUGUGAACAUCUACUUAACAUUUGGACCCACAUUUCUUAACAAAGUUGUUUCGGUCCCAUUGGUCGGAACUGGUCUACUACUUACUAUUCCACCUAUUUCAAACACUGUAAUUGCUUUCAUGAUGUAUGGAUUGUUCUCACAACUUGCUAAUAGCGAGCAAAAUAAGUUACGCUUCUUCAACACAUUAGGUACAGUACCAUCCGGGAUUCUUUUCAUGUUAAUUGGUGCUUUCGAUCCAGACACUCAACCUGCAUCCGUUACGGCUCUUUUCAUUGUGGCAAGCUCUCUUCUUGGUUUUUCUUCGUGUGGUUUCUUCAGAAUGAAUCAACUUCGUUCCAGACAGCAUCAUCUGUUUCUGCUCACGAAUCUAUUCCUUGUGAACUGUGUUUCUAUGUUCCUAACGUCGCUCUUCAACGUUUUGAUUGCUAAUAACGACGACUACUCAACAUGGACCGCAGUACUAAUCCUACACGGUGCAAUCCUCAUUAUCACUAAUGUGGUAUUUUGUAUUUUUGCGAGUGCCGAUCCUGCGGACUGGACGAAAGACGGUUACGAGGACUCGUCGAUUAGACCGACCAGAGAGGAUCCACUUCCACAAAGACCUCUUUAG